CACAUCGUAGUAGAAUGCGGAUUUCGAAGCUAGUAAGAAUAGCUAGCUAGUAAGCUAAAAACAAGCUUCGUGUUGUUAGGCUUCAAACGGGUAAAAUGUCUAAAACGCACUCUCAGCCCCCGCCAUCAUCGGCAGCGACGACCACCGGGGGACCCUCCUCGUCCUCUUCGUCUUCGCCCGCAGGGGGCUCGACAUCUCCCGCAACCGUGUUGAACGUGCAGCCCGAGAAACCUCAACAUUACACAUAUCUGAAGGAGUUCAGAACUGAGCAGUGCCCCCUGUUCGUACAGCAUAAAUGUACACAACACAGGCCUUUUUCCUGUUUCCACUGGCACUUCCUGAACCAGCGGCGCCGCAGACCCAUCCGCAGACGGGACGGGACCUUUAACUACAGUCCAGAUGUUUACUGUACCAAAUAUGAUGAGGGAACAGGCACCUGCCCUGAUGGAGAUGAAUGCCCUUUUCUACAUCGAACAGCAGGUGACACAGAACGGAGAUACCACCUCCGCUAUUAUAAGACAGGAUCAUGUAUACACGAAACAGAUGCAAAAGGCCACUGCAGCAAAAACGGCUCCCACUGUGCCUUCGCACAUGGAUCACAUGACCUGCGCAGCCCUGUUUAUGAUAUCAGAGAAGUGCAGGUAAUGGAGUCUCAGGGAGGCUCCGGGCCCACAGAGGGAGGUGGAGGAGAUGGACAGUCGGGUCAGGCAGCUAGUACAGCCCUCAUAGAGAAGAUCCUGAGUGAGGAACCACGCUGGCAAGAUAACAACUAUGUGCUGUCCCACUACAAGACAGAACUCUGCAAGAAACCACCCCGUCUGUGCCGUCAAGGUUACGCCUGUCCGUACUACCACAACAGCAAAGACAGGAGACGCAGCCCGCACAAGCACAAAUACAGAGCGUUGCCAUGUCCAGCUGUGAAACAGAGCGAGGAAUGGGGGGAUCCCAGUAAAUGUGAGGGAGCAGAGGGAUGUCAGUAUUGCCACACAAGGACAGAACAGCAGUUUCACCCAGAGAUCUAUAAAUCCACUAAGUGUAAUGACAUGCAGCAGUGUGGCAGCUGUCCCAGAGGGCCCUUCUGUGCCUUUGCUCAUGUUGAAAGGCCCUUUGUUCCAGACGAACCACCGUUCCCCACACCCAGCUCCCCUCCACCCCCCAGACCUCCAGACCCUCUUCCUGCCCAGGAAGCCUCUUCAAGUCCCAGCAGACACAACAUGGGGUCUGGGCCUUCUUCUAGUUCUGUUUCAGACCCCUUCUCCCCACCUGCAGGGUCGUGUGUAGCGGAGCAGGGACUGCUGGGUAAUGUUUUGUCUCUGUGUGAGGACAUGAGUGGAAGAACAGAGCCUCUGUCUCCUUGGGCAGGAGAGGGAGGAUACGGCAGAGCACCGGGAUUUGAGAGGGAGGAUCAGGCAAAGCAAAGGAGUUUUGCUCUUGAGCAGCGCAACAGAGAAUUGGCAACAGCACAAAGCAAACAGGACUUGUUAGUGUUUCUGCCUGUGGGAAGCCCUUUGAGUUUGUCUUCCAGCAUCCCCUCCAGUCUGGCUGCCACGCCGCCCAGUCCCGCCCCUCUCGGACCCCCAGGAUCCAGCAUCUCCUCAGGCAUGAACGCUAACGCCCUGCCCUUUUACCCCACCAGUGAGACUGUGGAGUCAGUUGUCGAGUCAGCCUUGGAUGAUCUCGACCUGAAUGAUUUUGGUGUGUCGGCGUUGGAGAGGAGCUUGGAGAGCAGCUCAGCUCUGCCCAAUGUGGGAGUUAUGCUGGGAGGUAGCCAGUUUCAGAGUUCUGCCCCCGUCAAUAUCCCAGGAUCCUUUAGCAGCUCUGCACCUUUUAGCUCCCCGUCACCAUCUCCCCCAAUCAGGCCGCACACCUCACCGUUUUUUUCUACUCACCUGUCACAACCUGGCCAAUCAGAAAGCACUUUCUUGGGACCAUCUCAUAGCUCUUUAGGUCUGAAUGGUAUGAGCACUAAUAUCUGGGAGCAUUUUCCAUCAGGCCAGGGCUCCCCUGGUACACCCCCCACCCUCCUGCCCUCUGGCCCCUGUGCAGAGACUUCCAGGCUCAAACAGGAGCUGGAAGAAGCUCAUAGGGCACUGAAGCAGUGGGGUCACAGCUGGAGACACACAGCUCAGUCGUGGGCUGCGCUGAAGGCAGAUGCAGAGGAGUCACGUGCCCAUGCAGCACGGUUAGCCAUGGAAGCAGAGAGAGCCAGGCAAGCGGAGGAGGAGGCACAGAGACAGGCUUCUCUCCUGCAGGAGGCGCUAGAGAGCUUAAGGAGUGGAGAAAACCCCCAUCUAGCACUGCAUCAACUCCAGUUACUACACAGACUGCCUUUGGAGUCAGUCCUCAGUUUGCAGGCUCAACUCUGUAGCUGCUUACACGCUGUGGAACAGGUGGUAUACAGGAAACAGAGACAGUGCUGUGUGACGUGUGGAGAGCAGGGCUCAGUGUCCCUGCCCUGUGGCCAUGGACUACAGUGUGAGAGUUGCUCCACCUCUACAGAGUGCCCGCUCUGCCCUGAACAGACCCUGGAGCAGCAGCUCUCUUGACCCCACAAACCCAAUCGGACCACAACAGACCACCACAGAUUCCAGACCAGUCAGUCCUGAUUCCACAGAUACCAGCCUUGGAUCU